UAAAUUGCAUAUAGUGUCAUAUUAUUACUUUACGUUUGCACAAUCGUUGCUGCAGAUUAUCAUAGAAUCACAACAGUCAACAUAGUUCCUUCGCUUUGCAACGGAAAGGUUUUGAGACAUGGCUUCGAGAUGGUUAAAAGCCUUAAAAAAAUGGCGGAAAUAUAUCAUAUUGUUGCUAACGCCCAUCCUAUUGUCCCCUAUACCGUUGGCUUUGCAAGACAAGCGGGCAAGUUGCGCCUACGCAAUCAUGAUCAUGGCAAUCUACUGGACAACUGAAUCAUGUUCCUUGGCUGUCACGUCAUUGUUGCCAUUGCUACUAUUCCCCAUACUUGGUGUAGUCAAAGCGAAGGAGAUCAGCACGCCUUAUUUCAGCGACACCAACGUCCUGUUCGUGGGGGGUAUGAUGCUAGCCGUUGCCGUAGAACAAUGGAACUUGCACAAGAGAAUCGCUUUGAAAAUACUUCUGUUAAUUGGAACUCAACCAAGAAGGUUGCUACUGGGUUUUAUGUGUCCGACUGCUUUCCUUUCGAUGUGGGUCAGUAAUACCGCCACAACUGCAAUGAUGGUGCCCAUUGCCCAGGCUGUGUUAGGAGAAAUCAGGGAAAUCAAGAAAAUUGACGUUGCUAAGUCUGAGACGGAUGGAAAAGGAGAAGUUAUUGCAAACUCUGAGCAUGUUGAGAUGGCUGUGAUGGAUGAAAAACCUUCUACCACGAGGAGCAUUAGCACUGUUAAAUUGUCCAGCGCGCCGGAGGACCAGGCCUUCAGAGAUCUUUGCAAGGCAACAAUGCUGUCGAUAGCAUAUGCCGCUAACGUCGGUGGAACAGCAACGCUUACGGGGACUGGUACUAAUCUUGUCUUUGUUGGACAGACAGAAGAGUUAUUUGAUGAAAGUGGAGGAAUUGGUUUUGGAGAUUGGUUCAUAUUUGCUUUCCCCGAAGCAGUUAUCUUGCUGUUAAUCAGUUGGCUUUGGUUGCAAUGGAUGUUCCUUGGAUUUAAUUUCAGAACUAUUGUUAACUCGUUUCGAUCAAGAACUAGUUCGUCAUAUCAUUCAAAUGAAGAACAAUCUUCCGUUAAAAGAGUCAUUCAGCGCGAGUACGAUGCCCUGGGACCAAUGACAUUUGCAGAGAAAGGUGUUUUGGCUCAUUUCGUCAUUCUUGCGUUACUCUGGGCAAUACGAGAUCCGAAGUUUGUUUCUGGAUGGAGUAUAUUGUUUAAAGAUGGAUACGUGCGUGACGCCACAGCCAGUAUGGCGGUAGCUUUUUCCCUGUUCAACUUUCCCGCCAAAAGACCAAAGCUUUUUGAUGAUGAAGAAGACGACGAAACUGCUUCCACCAAAGAUAAACCAUUUCCCACGUUACUCGAAUGGAAAGUGGUCACUAAAAAGUUUCCAUGGAACAUUGUAUUGCUUCUGGGUGCAGGCUUUGCCAUGGCCAAAGCAGCAAAGGUAUCUUGUCUAUCGGAGUGGCUUGGUGAACAGAUGGCGUCAUUGGAAUCAAUCCCACAAUUCUACAUCGUCUUGAUCAUAUCGCUAGUGCUGUGUGCAUUUACUGAAGUCACCUCUAACGUUGCCACUGCUUCGAUCUUUCUUCCUAUUGUCGGCUCUGUGGCAGUGAAUAUCAAGAUCCAUCCUUGGUACCUGAUGGUCCCUGCUACCCUCUCGUGUUCGUUCGCUUACAUGUUGCCAGUGGCAACACCACCCAACGCAAUCAUAUUUUCGUCUGGCUAUCUUAAAGUUUUUGACAUGGCCAAAACUGGUCUUGCAAUGAAUAUCAUUGCCAUAACAGUAAUGCUGGCUUGGACACACAGCGUUGGAGCCGCUUGGUUUGACCUCUCAGAGUUUCCAGCAUGGGCCGAAGCUGUUGACAACAAUUCAACAAAAUGUUGGGUUUAAAUGGAAAAUCACACACAGAGUACGGUAAGAGCGUGGAG